UGCAUGAUGAUUCAAACCAAGGCAGCCAAGGAAGAUCAUCCCCCCGACCCCACCCCGUCCUGGGAAGAAAGAACGGGGGAAGUCAAAUUCGGAGCAGGGGGCCAGCAAAACCCCGCGAGCGAGAAUGACGGCGCGCACAGGUGAAGCAGGAGAGCCGGCCGAAGGCUCUGCGCCUUCCCACGCUCAGUUGCGCCCACCCGUGUCUGCAGCAACAGCGGCUCUUGGGACAGCGCGGCGGAGAGCCGGCGGGAGAAUACCCGAGCAUCCAAAAGAACGGAAGCAAGAAGCACGACAGUUCCUCCUCCAAGAACUCUAGGUACUGAUCUGGGACAGAGGUAUAGGAUGGACAUCCCAGCUUCCGGGACAAAUAUAAGCUUCUAUCAGAAAGUCAGGCUACAUUCGCUUUUUGGAAACAUUCCUUGCUGCUGUUUCUGAAGCUGUGCCUGAAUGACUUGUAAGAGUUAAAUAGAGAUGAAGUCUUCUUUGGGGUCCAAACACAUCUUCUCCUCCCCAUGCUCCUUUUGAGUGGCCAGGCUGAAGCUACCUUGACUGCCAAUUCCCUUGCCAUGGGUGUUUUGCUAAACAGAAACGGUGACUUUCCUCUUGGGGUCAACAUUUCAUCUGGAACUCCUACACCACUUGUAGCCAACCACUCUCUGAAGCAAAGUGAACUGGUGCAGUCAUAUUCAGAGGGCAGCCAGGGGGACGACAGCUCUCCGGGUCCAGCAGUUUUCUUAGUGCUUCCCAUCAUCUAUGCCUUCAUCUGUGCCUCGGGUGUCCUGGCCAAUGGGCUGGUGAUCUCAGUGGUCCUGGGCUGCAAACGGAAGGUUGUAUCGGACAUCUACAUUCUGAACUUGGCCUUGGCUGAUUUGCUCUUCCUGCUUGGCAUGCCUCUCAUCAUCCACCAGCUUCUCCAGGAGCAAGGCUGGGUAUUUGGGGACUUCCUGUGUUGGGCUGCAACUACUAUUGAUCUCAAUAACCAGUUCAGCAGUGUGGCUAUCAUCACUCUGCUCUGCAUAGACAGAUACGUAGCCGUGGUGUACUCAUCUACCAUUGCCCAGAGGCGGAACUUGCGUUGCACAGCGAUGAUCAAUGUUGGCAUAUGGGUUGGAAGCUUGAUCCUGGCUACUCCCGCUAUGCUGUACACCCGGAUAUUUUGGGACAACAAGACGGAGAUCUGCCUUAUAGACUUGCCAGGCCCCCAUAGCGUAUACUGGUACACCCUCUAUCAAUCCUUCAUAGCAUUCCUCCUGCCUUUGCUGGUCAUUACGGUCUUGUAUUCUUUGACUCUGCAACAUCUAUUCCGUGCCAUGCGCCGUGUGCAUCGGAAGGCAUCCGCCCGCAGCCAGAAGGUGACUCGCAUGGCGCUCACAAUCAUCGUGGCCUUCUUCAUUUGCUGGACACCCUAUCAUGUGCUGCAGCUGGUUAAUCUGACAGCCGCUCCUUCAGCAACCUUCUUCUACUUGUACCAAGCUACUAUUUGUCUCAGCUAUGCCCACAGUUGCAUCAGUCCCAUUCUUGUGAUUUUCUGCACUGAGUUUUUCCAGGAGAAGAUGGCCCAGUCCAGGUACUGCAAGUGUCUCACCAGGUGGACAACAAUACGGGAACAUCUUUCUUUUUCUACUGCAGAAAUCUCAGCUACCAUGUAUAGUCCACAAGUGAGCCAAUCUGUAUCUCCAUGCAGCCAUCAUCACUUUGGAAUAGAAGUACCUUUACGUUCCAUGAAUGAGACUUCAAGCUACAGUAUGGCUGUCAGUGGGCAUGGGGAGUGUAAGAGAUCUUAAGAUUGCCCUGUAUGAGAAUUGCUUAUUUGGAUGUAAACAGGGUAUUUUUCCUGAAAAUAAAUGGUGCUUUUCAUAUGGUCUUCAUAUAUGAACACACAAGAAAGUCGCUGUUGUGAUGAGGAAUCAUAUGAAGAGAAGGCAAAAUGGACUAUUGGAUCCUUGAAUUCAAAAGGUACAGGGGCACUUUGAGAUAAUGAACUCCAAUAAUUGUAUUCUAUCAAUAUGUUGACUGCCCACUCAUGGAACCUAUAAUACUCUC